ACAUACAUACAUCCCACACACAAAACAGAAAAAUUCUGCUAGGUCAUUCAGCAUCAGCAUCAGCAUCAGCAUCAUGACUGACCAUGGGGCGCGCGCCUCGCGGGACCUGCGUCUGCGUCAUUUAUUUGAUUGAUUUAUUACCGGGCUUAUUCCCUGCAGUGUGCAGUGCACUUUCUGCGUCUUUUUUUAUUUUUAUCUCUUAUUUUUUCUAUUGGUUGCCUGUACCUUGUAACAAUUACGUAUUGUUUCUUUUUUAUUUUUCAGCACUGGAUAUAGGUUGGCUGUUCUAUACUAUUACUCCGGCGGGUCUGGAUGGAUAGCCCUGGGAUAUUUCCCGCCUUGACAGGUUACCUACUUCCAAGAAAUUUCUUGGUGUCAAUCAUCAUUCCACGUUAUGCGAGC